UGUGACCACCAGUUCCACAUGCUUACUUAAUUUACUUGCAUGCUUGUGUGUGUACUGAACAAGCUAGCUACCUGAUCUGAAAGUACAAUGCGUGUUUUUGCUCUGCUUGUAGCCGUGUUUGCUGCUUCUGCAGUCGCUGGUCCAGAACCUAUAGUGUUCUGGCAUGGCAUGGGUGACAGUUGCUGCAAUCCACUGAGCCUGGGGAAAAUUGUCGAUCAAGUGGUGAAAGAGGUGCCUGGUAUCUAUGCCAAGUCAAUUCAGAUCGGACACGAUAUUGUAGAAGAUACAAUGAAUGGUUUCUUCAAGAAUGUCAACGAGCAGAUUGACAUGGUCUGUGCUAACCUCACAGCUGACGCUAACCUCAAGGACGGAUUCAAUGUCAUCGGAUUCUCUCAGGGAGGACAGUUCUGGCGGGCAAUUGUCCAGCGCUGCAAGACGGUCAAGGUGUUGAACCUUAUCUCUGUGGGUGGUCAGCACCAGGGGGUCUUUGGGUUCCCAAAAUGCCCUGGCAACAACUCUGACAUAUGUGAGGCAGUGCGCAGGUUGCUCAACAUAGGAGUCUACGUUGCCCCUGUUCAAGACAUUCUAGUGCAGGCCGAGUACUGGCAGGACCCACUCGACAUGAAGGAGUACAGAUCCAAGAGUGUGUUCCUGGCUGACAUCAACCAAGAAAAUACGUUUAACCAGGACUACAAGGAUCGCUUUUCUCAAAUCCGCAACUUUGUGAUGGUCAAGUUUGCAAAAGACACAAUGGUCCAGCCUAAGGAUAGUGAGUGGUUUGGCUUUUACAAGGAGGGCCAGGACAAGGACGUGUACUCAAUGUACGAAAGCAGGAUUUGGAAAGAGGACCUGCUUGGACUCCAGAUACUAAACUCCACUGGCCGUAUACACUUCAUUGAGGCCCCGGGUGACCACUUGCAGUUCAGUCUGGAGUGGUUUGACGCGAACCUAAUGCCGUUCAUCAAGGUAGACAGCUCUCAAGGGACACUCCCCCUUAAAGUGAACUGAGCUAGCCGGCUGACUGUUGCUAGGAUGUUGUUUUGUGUGUGUUCCCAUGUGUACAAUGAGUGCAAUGCUGUAUUCAUGUCCACUGUUAUUAUUCCCUGUAUUCAUGAUAAUCUCCUUAAUAA